AAUAAAACAAAUGGACUGUGAAAGGACUUUUGUGUGUGGGAAAAACAAUAUUUCUCAAACAUUUUUUUCAUAUAAUCUCAUACUAUCAUGUAAGUAAUCGCAACUGCCUCUUUUAAACUGCAAAAGCUUUAUCUGUUUUUAAAAAUAAAUGUUUUAAUGAAGAUAAAAUUGUUUUUCUCUUGCAUUAUUUUGAAGUUGUUUACAUUAUCUGAAGGUUGAUCUGUAAAGGCUGAAUGUAUUUUAAGGAUUAUUUAUAUGUAUUUAAUAUUUUGUCCUUUUUUAAACUCUCUAAUAUACAGUUCUGUUCAUCACAUCCACAGCACCUGGAAUCAGCAGCCCGUUCUAUACCGAAUAUGCAAAGUAGUAGAUUUUACAGUUGGUUGCGUUUUACUCUAUUAUUAGAGGAUUUGAGAACUAAAACCUUUGGCAAAGUCAUGAGACGUGAAAUAAAAUACAUGUGGUACACAUGCAAACUGACAUGAGAAAUUUAAAUGUGUACUUGGUUUCGAUUACUGGCACAACCGCACCUCACACCUGGUGUCUGUGAUGCUCCGUUGCUCUUUGCAUUCUCUCACUUCUGUAUUUUGGUACUUUUUUGAGACCCGGGUGUUACUCAAUGCUUCCGCUUGCUGCUUGCCCUGAUCACUCUGCCCUAUCAUGCAUAACAACUGUGCAACAGACUUCCUGCCCUAUCUUCACCUGACACAGCAACACCAAACAAUGUCAAAUUAUAACUCUGCCAUCUAGCCUAAAGACAAACACACUACACUUUAAACUGAAAUGAAACAGUUCCUCAUUUACCAAAAUCUGAAGUACCACGGAUUGUCUCGCCAAACAUCACAUUGUACCCAGUCUGGGAUGGGGAAUUUGGAAUCUCAGCAGUAAGGCUCAUCUGCACAUUGAGUGACUUCUUUCCAGACAAACUUACUUUGAAGUGGGUAUGGGAUCAACAACCACUGAAUCAAAACAAGGCAAGCACAAGGAAGCUACAAAGUUCAGAGCAAGGGAAGAAAACCUUCAGCCUGAGCAGCGAACUCAAGCCAGAUAUGACAAUGUGGGCAAAAGGCUCAACUUUUACCUGCAUGGCUGAUCACAAUGGCGUUGAAUAUAACAGAACAAUAAACAUUUGUCACACUCUUUCAAGCUCCCCUCCCUUCAUUCAUGUGGAGAUUCCCAGCUUCAAGACUGUAAUGACAUCAAAUAACGUGCAAGUAACAUGUUUGGUCCACACUGACUUUAAUGCAACAAUCACCUGGCUGAUUGAUGGGAAAGCCACGAAGGAAAGAGUAGACAUAGAGAAAAACACAACUCAUAUAAACAGUAAUCUUAGAGUUCUCUCGACUCAAUGGAAGAAAGUGAAGCAUGUAACAUGCAAAGCAGAGCAUAAGUGCUUCACAUCUGCUGAGAAGACCAUAAAUAUUGCAGGUUCUCCAGUUAAUACUCCACUGGUAGAGAUCAGGCGAUCCCUUCCAGAUCUCCUGAAAGGAGAAAGUGCUCUGUUCGAGUGUGUCAUCAAACAACUGUCCUCACGUGACCUCUACGUCGCCUUACAAGUCAAUGAUGAAGAAAUACCUGAAAAAAAAUAUUAUAAUUUUGCUGAAGGCCCGGGCCUCGUUUCAAUCAGUAGUCAAUUCACUGUCCCUAAUAGGUACUGGAAGAAAGACACAAAAUUUACCUGCAACGUGAUUCAAGGCUUUUCCGAAACUUUUCAGUCAAGGUCCACCGGCUAUAUUUUUGUGGACCCAUCCAUGGAGCUUCUUCUGGUCCCCAGUAAAGGUUCAGGAUCACAGACUCUUUCAUGCUCUGGAUGGGGCUUCAACCCUAACAUUACAUGGUUGACUGACUCUCAGCAAAGAUCUCCAUCAACCAGUGAUAUCAGCAUGGGUGUAGAUGGACGUGCCCGAGUGACCAGUCAACUUGUAAUUGAUGAUUCUGAGUGGAAAACAGGAAAGAUCUUCACUUGUGAAGUGUCUGACAGGUCUCUGAACAAAAUGGUCAAGAAGGAAAUGAGCCUCUGCUCGGCUCUUUCAAGCUCCGCUCCCUUCAUUCAUGUGGAGAUUCCCAGCUUCAAGACUGUAAUGACGUCAAAUGAGGUGCAAGUAACAUGUUUGGUCCACACUGACUUUAAUGCAACAAUCACCUGGCUGAUUGAUGGGAAAGCCACGAAGGAAAGAGUAGACAUAGAGAAAAACACAACUCAUAUAAACAGUAAUCUUAGAGUUCCCUCGAUUCAAUGGAAGAAAGUGAAGCAUGUAACAUGCAAAGCAGAGCAUAAGUGCUUCACAUCUGCUGAGAAGACCAUAAAUAUUACAGGUUCUCCAGUUCAUAUUCCACUGGUAGAGAUCAGGCGAUCCCUUCCAGAUCUCCUGAAAGGAGAAAGUGCUGUGUUCCACUGUGACAUCAAACAACUAUCCUCACGUGACCUCUACGUCGCCUUCCAAGUCAAUGAUGAAGAAAUACUUGAAAAAAAAUAUUAUAAUUUUGCUGAAGGCCCGGGCCUCGUUUCAAUCAGUAGUCAAUUCACUGUCCCUAAUAGGUACUGGAAGAAAGACACAAAAUUUACCUGCAACGUGAUUCAAGGCUUUUCUGAACCUUUUCAGUCAAGGUCCACCGGCUAUAUUUUUGUGGACCCAUCCAUGGAGCUUCUUCUGGUCCCCAGUAAAGGUUCAGGAUCACAGACUCUUUCAUGCUCUGGAUGGGGCUUCAACCCUCGAAUUACAUGGUUUUCUGAGUCUCAGCAAAGAUCUCCAUCAACCAGUGAUAUCAGCAUGGGUGUAGAUGGACGUGCCCGAGUGACCAGUCAACUUGUAAUUGAUGAUUCUGAGUGGAAAACAGGAAAGAUCUUCACUUGUGAAGUGUCUGACAGGUCUCUGAACACAAGCGUGACCAAAAAUGUCAGUCUCUGCUCAGCAACUCCAUCAUCAUCACACCCAGUUGGGGUUUAUGUCCGGGGACCACCACCACAGCUAACUGAGAACAAAGGACAUGUGACUAUUACCUGUCUUCUGGUCGGCCCUAAUCUUAAUGAUUUCUCCAUCACCUGGAGAGUAGGUGGCAACAAAAUUCCUGACCAUGAUGUCCUUACUAAUCCCCCAGUGAGUCACAGCAAUGGGACAGAGACUCGACAGAGCUUCCUUAAUGUGUCAGCAGAAAAUUGGGAUGCAUAUAAACAAUUUUCUUGUGAAGGAAAACAUCUAUGUUCCAGUCAGGGCAAUGUAGACCAUAUAAGCAAAAGCAAAGUCCUCCGUCGGCCAACAGUGAAGAUAAUGCAACCAACUGCCUCUGAACUUUCUAAGUCUGACAUCCUAACACUUGUUUGCCUAGUGUCUGGAUAUUUCCCUGCUAACAUCAUAGUGUACUGGGAAGAAGAUGGCCAGACUCUCCCAUCCUCGCAUUAUGUUAACAGUCCUCCAUGGAAAUACUCAGGGAGCAGCUCUUACUCUGUGAGCAGCAGACUAAACAUAUCCAAAACUGAAGACAAAAGGUCUACGUAUUCUUGUGUUGUCAAACAUGAGUCAUCUAACGUGCCCGCUGAAGCUACUAUAACUGAUGUGUUUGCCUCAGUGAUCUACAGCCAGCCAUCAGCCUACUUGUUUCAGGGCUCUAAUGAACUUGUGUGCCUGAUCUUUGGCUUCAGUCCUGUAUCCAUUAACAUCACUUGGUUUCAAAAUGGAGACACAGAACUGCUGAACUACAACACUAGUGCACCCCACAGAGGCCCAGAUGGAAAGUUCAGUGUCAAGAGCCACCUUUACCUGUCCCAAGUCAAAUUCUUACCUGGGGUGGUCUUCACCUGCAGGGUGAUCCAUGCCAACACCACCCUGUCCCUGAAUAUAUCGAAACCAGAUACGCUGAAAUAUUGUAAUAUAUUCGACAACAUUGUGCAUGCUGAUGUGAAUCAAGACACAGCUGAGGAAAGCUGGAAUGUGGUUUUCACCCUCAUUGGUUUUUUCAUCAUGGCCACCAUAUAUGGUAUCAUAGUUACAUUAUUUAAGACUAAAUGAUGAUGUUCACAGGACGGCUCCUGUGUUAUGACUGAAAUGUGGAAAUUCUGGGGGUUUUAACAGCACCUGUCCUGACUAGUUUGAACAUGUAAUGCUUUGUGUUUCCAUUGUUACUAAUUGCAUUUUUUAUGCUUUACAAUUUUUGGCAUUUGUGUUUUAGUUUUGUGCUAGAUGUGACAUGUAUGUAAGAUGAUGUGAGAAAAUGCAUUAAAAAUCAAUAAAGAAA